AUGAAGUUCUUUUGUUGCGCCUUGCUGCUGGUAGCCACAGCAUGCCUGGCCCAGGCAGCCGUGAAACGCAGCGAUGAUGAGAAUGUUGCCCAGCUGAGAUAUCGCCUGUUGAGGCAGCCAAAUCAGCUGGAAGGACGCAGUCUUACGCAGCUGCUGGCGCUGAAGAACGGCACACCGCCAUGCCCCUCACCAACAACCACCCCCACCACCCCGCCAGGCACCCACAAUCGCGCCGAUUCUGGCUUGCGUCGCGGCAGCAACAGCCGUCCCGGCUCUGGCUCCGGCUCUGGCUCCCAGGUAUCCAACAGCGCCGUUCUCAAGGAGUUCGAGUUCCGUCGCCAGCAGGACGAGAACAAGGAACUGCGCAAGCGUCUGGAGUCAAUGCGCCGUCAGAACUCCAUGAGCCGUCGCCGCGCCCAGGCCAAGCGUCGCCGCAUGCGUCGCCGCCUCAACCAGAAGCGCCGUUCCCAGUCCCGCCGCAGCCGUCGCAAUCGCAGCAAGGCCAGCCGUCGCCAGCGUGCCGCUCGCCGCCGCCAGCGUCGCAACAGCCAGCGUCGCCUGCGCCGCAUCCGCAAUCGCAGACGCCGCGCAUAG